AUGCUGGACUGGAUCAAGGGAAAUGAGCCAGAGGCUGCAGUUGCAGACGCCUCCAAGGUGCUAGAGCCCCCCGAAACCCCAGCUCCCGUCUUUGCGCUUCGCGCCUUUAAAAGCGCUUUAUUUGGGACACCAGCCGCGGAGGAUGAAAAGACCCCUCACCCAGCGCAGCCAAAGCAAGCAUUUCAAGGGCACCAACGCAGUAAAAGCGAUACCACGAAACCCAUCUCAAUUCCUGUCCCCACGAAAUUGGAACCCGCAAAGGUCGAUCUCGACGCAAUGGCAAACCCCUCAGGCUCCCCAACAAAGAGCAUUCUCGUCACUCCAGGCACGAUCUCGGCCCGGCGCAAGACUGUCUCAUUUGGUGAAAGCGUGGUGGACAACGAAGGGAAGCGCGACAGUCACUCUUUAAAGGUGGUCAAGACUCCCCCAAAUCCAUCUGGCAAUCUUAGCAUCCAGUGGAUGUCGGGAUCGACGGAUGGAAAGCCGCGCAGCAAGCUCACUCAGACCUUGCUGGACGCACGCGAUAAUGCAACGAAAAAUGGGGACUCGGACAAAUCUACGAACGCUCCGUCCGAUUCAAACGUCACCAUGCGCGCCCAAUCUAAAGAUGAAAGUGAAGGAGAAGAUAUUACAUUAAACUUAGACGAACCCCGGUCGGAAUCCGGCAAGUACUGGAAGACAGAAUUCGACAAUUAUCGCAUGCGCACCAACCGCGAGAUCAAGAAAUUGAUUCACUAUCGAGCCAUCGCCAAGUCUUACGCCCGCAAGAAGGACUCAGAGGCUCUCCGACUGGCAGAUAAGCUCAAAGAAGAGGAAGAGAAGGUCGCUGAGAUGGAACGUCAAGUUACUCGUCUUGCUUCGUCAAUCACAGAAGGGGGUUCCAAGGCCGAUCAUGAGCAACUGAUUCAGGAUCUGACAAAACAAACCACCCUGGCGCUACAAUACAAACAACAAGUCACCUCUCUGCGCACUUCUCUCGAGAAACAAGGCGUGGUAAAAGGCGGUACCACACAGGUCAGCGAGCCAGCAAAAGAAACCCCCGCUUCAAACACAUCUUCAGAUGAGCUCCGGAAAACACAGGAGGAACUCAAACAAGCAAACGCCAAAAUUGAAGAGCUAAAGCGCCGGACGCCAGACUUGAGCAGGCUGGAAACUCUCGCACAAAGCUCGGAGAAGAAGGCGCAAGAUCUCGAAAAGGAGAACUUGAGCCUCAAGAAAACUCUGGCUCGCGUCAAACAAGAGAUGACAGGAUAUGAAGGCCGACGCAAAGAGAAAGAAAACAAGCUGAAGCAAAGAGAAUCCAAACUAGAGGCACGCGUUCAGGAGUACCGCGAUCGUCUUAAAGCCAUCACCCAAGAGCACCGACAGUCAGAUGAUGCAUUGAGAAAGAGCAUCGACGACCAACGCUGCCGUAUGCAAACCCAAAUCGACCAAUUAAGGACAAGAGUUUCUGCUGCAGAACGCGCGCCUGCCCUCCCUACUCUCCGCUCUCAGCACCGGCACUCACUCAGCCCUCGGAAGGAGUACACAGGCGUGCAGGUAUGCGACUUUGCAGGACAAAGCCAAAUACCCGACUACCCCGAGGUAGAAGAGGAGGAAGAAGCUACAGAUGAAAUCGAGGCACCACCCAGUCCGAGCCCGCGCUCCAAAUCCCGUGACACGCGACACACCCGCAAUGUCACGACCGGCACCCUCGAGCUCAAACGUGCAUCCAGAGACAUGCAACACAUCUCUUCGAAUGACGCCUUGGUCACGCAAUACCUGAAAGACGUCCUGCCAAACCGUCCCAAUCUCCGCUCCCGCCAUACAGACCUGGGGGUCAUCCCGCCUUCCUCGCCUCCUGAUCUCAGCACUCUGAAGUCGCUCGGCCGCGGCCCUUCCAAAUACCUUUCUGGCGAUAAUCAACGCUCAUACCGCUCUCUGCGCGACCACGGUAUCGCAAAUUCAAAUACCCAAACUGCCUAUACGAACUCACACCGCCCACGGACGCAUAUUAGGUCUACGUUGGAUACCAUCUCAGGCACGGUCUCUUCACGGGUAGGUAAUUAUGCUGGACACACCAUAUCUGGUGGAGAGCGAUUUGGCAAACGCUACGAUUUGGCUAAUUUGACCAGUGAAGCCUUGACCCCUGAUCGAAUUGCUGCUGCCAAGUCGCGGCUGAGGCAGAAAGAGAGGCUGAAGGCUUGGGGGAAAGAGAAUUUGUGA